AUGGAGUUCCUGUCCAGCCAUGAAGAGCUGUUUUCUGACUUCAAACUCCCAUUACUAACCCUAAUUCUAGCCACCAUAGUAGGCCUUCUUGUUAGGUACUGUAAAUCCAUGGCGUCUUCUUUUCGAAGCAAGAAACUUCCACCUGGGUCAUUAGGGUAUCCAUUUAUCGGAGAAACUUUAAGCUUUCUCAGGUCACAGAAAGAAGACAAGAUCAUCGAAUGGAUGGCAAAUCGGAUCACCAUGUAUGGACCAGUGUUUAAGACCUCACUCAUGGGCUCCAAGACGGUCGUUAUAACCGGCCAAGCCGGUAAUCGUUUUAUGUUCAGUGGAGCCGACAAUGGCAUUGCAAGCAAUCAACCAGUUCCUGUAGCAAAAAUAAUAGGGAAACACAGCAUCUUUGAGGUCUCAGGGUCCAGACACAAGCUUGUUAGGGGUGCCAUGAUGAACUUUUUGAAAGCUGAAAGCCUUCAAAGACAUGUUGGUCAGAUGAAUUCACUAGUUGAACAGCAACUAUUCCAAGAACUCAAUGGUAAGGAUUCGAUACAAGUCGUAGAAUUAAUGCAGAGGAUGACUUUUAAGGUAACUUGUAGUCUACUUUUCAAAUUAGCAGAAGGAAAAGAAAAAGAUUCAUUAUUCAAGGAUUUUACCUUAGCCCUGAGAGGGGCAUGGGCAAUUCCCUUGGAUUUCCCUGGCACCAUCUUUCGAAAAGCAGUGCUGGCUCGCGGUAGAAUAACCAAGGUGCUUUCUGAUCUGAUUAGAAUGAGGAAGAAGGAUCUGGAAAAUGGGAAAAAAGGGUCUCAAGAAGAUGUUAUUUCUACUUUUCUGGUUUUGAGGGAUGAAAAUGGGAAACCUCUACCAGAAGAAGAAAUUAUUGACAAUCUUGUUACUCUCAUUAUUGCAAGCCAUGACACAAAUUCGAUUCUUCUAACCUUGCUUGUAAGACACCUUGCUAGGGAUGUUGAUGUCUGCAAUAAGGUGCUUGAAGAGCAAAUGCAAGUUCUGAAAGCAAGAGAAGGAAGUGCUGGAGCGCUUGGAUGGAGUGAUGUACAGAUGAUGAAGUAUACAUGGAGAGUGGCCCAAGAGCUUAUGAGGUUGAUAUCUCCAGCUUUUGGCAACUUCAGGCAAACUUCCAGAGACACCUUCUUUGGUGGCUUUGAUAUCCCCAAAGGCUGGCAGGUAUUUUGGCGACUUCUCCAACACACAUGGACAACAACAUUUUUGAACAGCCAGAAAAGUUUGAUCCAUCAAGAUUUGAGAACCCUACAAAAACUAUCCCUCCAUAUACCUACAUUCCUUUUGGAGCCGGUCCACGUAUCUGCCCUGGGGCAGAAUUUGCCAGGAUUGAAGUGCUGCUGAUAAUCCAUCAUUUGAUAGCAAAUUAUAGUUGGACAGAAGCAAUUCCGAAUGAGCCGCUGACCCGGGAACCCUUUCCCUACCCGGCCAUGGGACUUCCCAUCAAGCUUCAUCCUA